AAAGCCGUGUGAGCAAAGCAGAACGCUGGCAGCAAAUCUCCUCGGAGCUCCGGCCAUGCCAUCCUACUCCGUGACGGUGGCGACGGGCAGUCAGUGGUUCGCAGGUACCGAUGACUACAUCUACAUCAGCUUGGUGGGCUCAGCCGGCACGAGCGAGAGACACCUGCUCGACAAGCCCUUCUACAACGACUUCGAGCGGGGCGCUGUUGAUACUUAUGAUGUGACAGUGACAGAAGACCUGGGGGAGAUCCAGUUGAUAAAAAUUGAGAAACGGAAGUAUUGGUUUCCUGAUGAUUGGUAUCUUAAGUAUGUCACUGUGAAAACACCAAUUGGUGAUUACCUAGAGUUUCCAUGUUACAGAUGGAUUACAGAUGAAAAAGAGGUAGUACUCCGAGAUGGACAAGCCAAACUUUUUGGAGAUGACAAGACUCAAAUCCUUAAGCAUCACAGACGUAAAGAAUUGGAGGACCGCCAGAAAUUGUAUCGGUGGGCAGAAUGGCAUCCAGGCUUUCCAUUGAACAUAGAUGCCAAAUCUCACAAGGAGCUGCCUCGCAACAUCCAAUUUGACAGUGAAAAAGGAGUUGACUUCAUUUUGAAUUACACCAAGGCAAUGGAAAACCUCUGUGUUAACCGCUUCAUGCAUAUGUUCCAGUCUUCCUGGAGUGACUUUGCAGAUUUUGAGAAGAUCUUUGUCAGAAUAAGCAAUACAAUUUCUGAGUACGUAAUGAAGCAUUGGCAAGAAGAUUUUAUGUUUGGAUACCAGUUCUUGAAUGGGUGUAAUCCUGUAUUGAUAAAAAAGUGCACAGAAUUGCCAAAGAAGUUUCCUGUGACCACAGAAAUGGUAGAAUGCAGUUUGGAGAGGAAUCUGACUCUGGAAGAGGAAAUAAAGCAAGGGAAUAUUUUCAUAGUGGAUUAUGAACUUCUGGAUGGUGUUGAAGUCAAUAAGACAGACCCUGGAACAAUACAGUAUUUAGCUGCUCCCAUCUGUUUAUUGUAUAAGAAUUUAGAGAAGAAGAUUGUCCCUAUUGCAAUCCAGAUAAAACAAGCUCCUGAUCCAGGCAAUCCUAUUUUCCUCCCAUCAGAUGCUAAGUAUGAUUGGUUAUUGGCCAAAAUCUGGGUGCGGUCUUCUGAUUUCCACGUACAUCAGACUAUUACACAUCUCCUUCGCACUCACUUAAUUUCAGAAGUGUUUGGAGUGGCCAUGUUCCGGCAACUGCCUGCUGUCCAUCCUCUCUUUAAGCUCCUGAUACCUCAUGUACGGUUUACAAUAGCUAUCAACACCAAAGCCCGAGAGCAGCUUAUCUGUGAAUAUGGCCUUUUUGACAAGGCAAAUGCCACUGGAGGAGGUGGACAUGUGCAAAUGGUUCAGCAAGCAAUGAAUCACUUCACCUACAGUUCCCUCUGCUUCCCUGAAGAAAUCAAGGCAAGACGCAUGGAAAGCAGUGAGGAUAUUCCAUACUACUACUAUCGGGAUGAUGGUGUCAAAGUAUGGGAGACAAUAAGGAGCUUUGUGACGGAUGUGGUUGACAUUUAUUAUGAUAGUGAAGAAAAGGUGUGUGAAGACUUGGAACUCCAGGCCUUUGUGAAAGACAUCUAUGUCUAUGGGAUGAGAAGCAACAAGGCUUCAGGAUUUCCUAAAACAAUCAAGACACGGGAGAAGCUGUCAGAAUAUCUUACCGUAGUGAUAUUCACAACAUCAGCACAGCAUGCAGCUGUAAAUUUUGGUCAGUAUGACUGGUGUUCUUGGAUUCCUAAUGCCCCUCCAACUAUGCGCUGCCCGCCACCUACAGAAAAGGGGUGUGUCACCAUUGAGUAUAUAAUUCAGAGUCUACCAGACAGGGGACGCUCUUGUUGGCAUCUUGGUGCAGUUUGGGCCUUGAGUCAGUUUCAGGAGAAUGAAGUAUUUUUGGGGAUGUAUCCAGAUGAACACUUCAUAGAGAAGCCAGUCAAAGAGGCCAUGAGGAAGUUCCGCAAGAGUCUUGAUGAAAUUACCAGUUACAUUGCUGAACGGAACAGGAACAAAAACCUCCCCUACUAUUAUCUUUCCCCAGAUCAAAUCCCCAAUAGUGUGGCUGUUUGACUUAAGCUUUGCAAAGAUAUGAAAAGGCAGUGAGAUGGAUUAACUGGCUGAAUAUGAUAAAUUGUACACAGGCUUCAUCUAGCUUCAAAGCAACUUGACUAUUGCAAUUUCAGUUCUCAGAAGAUACUUAACUAAUAUAAUUAGUUGCUGCUGUGCUACUAUUCAAUAAGACUUGCAUUAGAGCUAAAACAUUUUUUAAAGGCUUUGUAUCUUAAAAACUUUAUGAAUGGAGAGAAAUUAUUUUUUCUUUUGUUGCAAAUUGUCUCCAUUGCCUUCCCUCACACACAUUUCUUGGGAGGACACCUCCAUUUCUGGCACACAAAAAGGAAGAUUUUGUAACUGAAGAAAUCCAGUACUUCCUCAGAUUCAUAGCAAUUAGGAUUAUCAUGUUUUUAAUUCACCAAAAACAAAAGGAAACCCCAAUUAUCAAAUGAAAAAAAAAGCCAAGAGCAAGGGGUGGAAACGGAGAUAUGUCUAGGAAAUAUUUAUUUGUAUUUGCCAACGCGUUUCGGACUUAUGAGGUCCUUCUUCAGGGCAAUUCAAGUAAGAGUAUAAUUUCAACUUUCUCCAGAGCAAAAUGAUCUCCUAUGUAUGAAUGAUACACUUGGAGCAUACUUCAACUAAUUGUACAGAAAGGCCCUCAUAGGAAUCUUUCCCUAAUUAAAAAGUGUAAAACCAAACCUCUGGACUUCCUCUGUGCUAGUGCUUUUCCUUUCAAUAUAACUUACUUG